UAGCCGCCUUCCCAGUGACGAACCCGGAAGUGGCGCUUCAGCCUCAUAGAAGCUCGUAGUGAGGCGCAUUAGUCCGUAUGUUGUGCGGCUGCUCCAAGGGUUUUUUUUGUUUUUAUUUAUCUAUUCCAGGAAACAACAAAUAAACACUAUUAGGUGCUGGUUUACCGCCGCUUCCAGAAACCCAGCUCCCAAUAUUUGGCACAAACGAACGUAUUCUUAAGUCAUAGAGAAGACAUGUUCAUCGUGGAACAGUAACGGGGGGUGAUGCGGACGUUUGAGAAGACUGGACCUGUAUCGCUACAGGAGCUUCGCGCUUUCUAAUAAGAACCACCCCCCAUAUUGGUGCAGAGAAGAUACUGGAGCAGUUAUAGCAUUUCUGUGAUGGCUGUGCAUGCCAGGUCCAAGCUAAAGGAGCGCAGUUCAAAGGAGCAGAGGCAACAGAGACAGCCUCCCUCAAUUCCUUCUUACUCUUCAGGAGAUGCUACAGAGGAGAGAGAGAAUAGGGCCAGGCACAGAGACAAGGGGGAUUCAAGGCAAAGACAUGGCUCAGACUCUGCCCACCUCUCCAGAGCCUGGAACAAUCAGUGCCAUCAAAUGAAGCACAAAGGGUUCUUCCUAGACUUGGGCUUUAGUACAACAGAUCAUUUGAAGUCAUGGAGCAUCCUGUUAUUCGGUGUUGUUGUGGGAGUGUUACACUGGGGCCAUAUUUCUACACUUUUUGAAAAUGACCGCCAUUUUUCCCACCUUUCAACACUGGAGAGAGAAAUGGCAUUUCGGACAGAGAUGGGUCUCUAUUACUCUUAUUUCAAGACUAUGACUGAAGCACCUUCAUUUUAUUCCGGACUACACCAGAUCAUGAACGAUAACAUUACAGAGUAUCCCAAAGUCAUCAAUACGUUACAAAGAUUUAAUCUUUAUCCCGAGAUGAUAUUGGCCAGCUGGUUCCGGGUAUAUACACAGACGAUGGAUUAUCUUGGUUACAAGACAAAACUGUGCUGGACUGUAAACCGAGGAGAUGAACUUAGUCCUGUAGAGAGCUGCGAAGGUUUAGGAGAUCCAGCCUAUUUUUACGUCACUAUGAUAUUUAUUUGGAAUGGAGCUAUGAUGUUCUUCUUUUACAUAUAUGGUACAUUUUUAAGUGGGAGUCGACUUGGAGGCUUCCUAGUUGUCCUGUCCUUCUUCUUUAACCAUGGUGAGUGCACGCGUGUGAUGUGGACUCCACCUUUAAGAGAAAGCUUCUCAUACCCUUUUCUUGUCCUUCAGAUGUUUCUUUUAACAUAUAUCCUCAGGGCACAGAACGUUAGCAGGCAGAGUCUGUUUGCCCUUGGUGUUUCCAACGUCUGUUUCAUGCUUCCAUGGCAGUUUGCUCAGUUUGUACUCCUAACACAGAUUGCCUCUCUGUUUGCCAUCUACAUCACAGGCUUCAUCAACUCAAGCAAGUUUUUGAGUAUACUGUAUACGCACAUGGUAUCGCUGGGAAUAUGCUUUAUCCUGAUGUUCGGCAAUUCCAUGCUGCUCACGUCCUAUUAUGCCUCUUCUCUCAUAGUUCUCUGUGUUAUUGCUAGAAAUGAAGAAUUGUUCCUGAGACUUCAGACAAGGCAUGUUAUAUUCUGGAUACUACAUGUGCUUUCAUGGGUGGUGGGAACAGUCCUUUUAAAAGCCGGAGUAUCCAAGUUACUGGGGGCAGCAGAUGAUGCUCAUAUAGGCAACCUCCUCAAAUCCAAGUUUACCGCUUACAAGGACUUCGACACCCUUAUGUACACCUGCGCGGCAGAAUUUGACUUCAUGGAGAGAGAGACACCAUGGAGAUAUUUGAAGACUCUCCUUCUUCCAAUAGUGAUUAUUGUGUUUAUCGCCAUAUGUGUACAGGCUCUUAGAGAUCUGCAGAUUUCCACUUCGGCAAAAGGAAGCGGGGCAAAAAAUCCUCCAAACGGAAGAUUGGAGCAUUCCGCCUGCGGAGAGUUGGUGUAUCAUGCCCUGCAGUUGGUCGCCUUUGCUGCCCUCGCCGUGCUAAUCAUGCGGCUGAAGCUAUUCCUGAGCCCUCACAUGUGCAUCAUGGCUUCUCUGUUGUGUUCCAAACAGCUGUUUGGCUGGAUUUCCACACGAGUGCACCAAUCAGUGUUCGUCUUCAUCAUCGUAGGACUCAUGAGCGUCCAAGGCUACAGUAACCUGCAGAGUCAAUGGAACAUUAAAGGGGAGUUCAGCAAUUUGCCUCAGGAGGAACUUCUGGAAUGGAUACACUCAAAUACAAAUCCAGGUGCUGUAUUCGCCGGAGCUAUGCCUACGAUGGCAAGUGUCAAGCUCUCCACUGGCCGCCCCAUCGUCAAUCACCCGCACUACGAAGACACAGAUUUGAGAGCGCGCACUAAAAAGGUCUACUCCAUGUACAGCCGGAAACCCGCAAAGGAAGUGAAAAAUACUUUACUGGGAAUGGGCGUCGACUUCUUUAUACUAGAAGAUACCUGGUGUACGCGGAGGACUAAACCUGGGUGCAGCCUGCCAGAAAUCUGGGACAUUGAAGAUCCAGAGAAUGCUGGGAAAGUUCCGCUAUGUUCCAUGAUGGGAAAGGAAUCCAGACCCCACUUCCUAACUGUGUUCAACAACGGCAUUUACAAGGUGCUGAGUGUGCGAGGGAAUAAGAAACAAUGAGCGAUAGGUUCUAGGUUUUUACAAAAGCAAAAUAAUCAGUAUUAGUUUUUAUUAAAAGUGCAUUUUGCCUAUA